GGAUGUUGUGCAUACAUGAGCCCUGCACUGGACACGUUAAAACGACUCGCUUUUAUCCAUCAUUCAAAAUCCAAGCUCUCCUCUUCGUCUCCGCCCUCUCAUCCUUCGUCUGCUCAUCUCUCAAUUCCUCUCCCUAUCGAACUCUCAGGGAAAAUGAUGCCAGCUGGACUUGGGAUGUGGGCUUUCUUUCUUCUCGCCAUCUAUUCCACCACCGUCUCUAACGCCUCGCACAUCACUUCCAGAGAAGCUGCUAGAAAGAAGAUCAUGGGCGAGAAAGUCCGGAAGAUGUUUUACCAUGCAUAUGACAACUACAUCACUCAUGCAUUUCCGCAUGAUGAGUUAAAGCCCCUUACAAAGACUUACACUGACUCUCUUAGUGAGCUCGGAAAUCUGAAGCUUGAACACUUACCCCAGAACUAUAAUGGAUCAGCCUUGACACUUAUUGAGUCAUUGUCAAGCCUUGUUGUAUUGGGCAAUGACACAGAGUUUGAAAGGGCUGUUCUUUGGCUUUCUGACAAGCUUACAUUCAAUGUUGAUGCUCGGAUAAAUCUGUUUGAGUGCAACAUAAGAGUUCUUGGAGGGCUUGUUUCUGCUCAUAUUCUUGCAACUGAUCCUUCAAACAGGUUGGUUCAAGGAAUAUACAAGAACCAGUUACUUAGCCUGGCUGAAGACUUGGGGCAACGUUUCCUAUCUGCAUUUAAUACUCCCACUGGCUUGCCGUAUGCAUGGAUUAAUCUAAAGUAUGGAGUGAUGGAGAAUGAAACCACUGAAACAAGCACAUCAGGAUGUGGUUCACUCAUCCUUGAAAUGGGAGCAUUAUCACGAUUGACUGGUGACUCUAGGUAUGAAGAAGCAGCUUUGCGUGCUCUUCGUAAGUUAUGGAGCAUGAGAAGUCCAUUGAAUCUCCUUGGCACAACACUGGAUGUGGUCACUGGGGAUUGGAUCGAGUAUUCUUCUGGCAUCGGUGCUGGAGUUGAUUCAUUCUAUGAGUAUCUAAUCAAAGCCUACAUUCUAUUUGGAAGGGAGGAGUUUUGGGACAUGUUUCAUUCAGCUUAUCUUGCGGUGCAGAAAUAUUUCCGGCAUGGUCCAUGGUACCAUGAAGCUGAUAUGAGGACAGGAAAGGCAACCUAUUGGCAACUUACAAGCCUUCAAGCAUUUUGGCCUGGUCUUCAGGUUCUUGUUGGAGAUAUUUCAGCUGCCAAUUCAUCACACCGUGAGUUUUUCUACUUGUGGGGGAGAUUUGGGGUGCUUCCAGAAAGGUAUCUACUGGAUCAAGAAAUGCUGCAUCCUACAGAAAAAUAUUAUCCUCUAAGGCCUGAACUAGCAGAAUCUACAUUCUAUCUUUACCAAGCAACCAAAGAUCCUUGGUACAUGGAAGUGGGUGAAUCAAUUGUAAAAUCUCUCAAUACCUACACCAAAGUGGAAGGUGGUUUUGCUAGUGUUAAAGACGUGACAACUAUGCAACUGGAAGAUCAUAUGCAUAGUUUCUUUCUAGCUGAAACGUGCAAAUACCUCUAUCUUCUUUUUGACGAUUCAUUUUUGGCUAAUCAAAAUUAUAUAUUUACAACUGAGGGUCACCCUCUUCCUAUACGAAGCUCUUGGCAUGCUAAGUUUUCACAAGACUACCUCCUAACUAAUUGGAGUACCAUCAAGGGUGAAAAUCAAGCAAUUCGUGCAAGUGCAAUGUCAUUGCAAGUCUGUCCAGAUACUCUAACCUUUGGAGGAAAUGGUGGUCCUCGUGUUGAGAGUGCUUGCCAUGUUUGUGAUGCCCGGUCUGAUCACAGGUGUAGGACUGAUGAGGAAUGUGGUGUUGAUGCUAGCACUUGUAGGCAAAGAACUUGCAGUGUUGCUGGAUACUGUGGAUUGUGGUGAGUCCAGCAAUGAGUAAACAAGCCACGGUACCAAUGUAGCUCCAAAAAAACUAACCUCCCUGGAACACCAAGACUAAUGCAAAAUUGCUGGCAGCUCCACGCUGGAUUCUGGAUGUGGCAGGCAACCAUAUGUAUCUGGAAGGGAAUGGUGUGGCGGACAGACUAUCCACCUUCUACCUUUCAUUGAAUGGACUACCACUCCACCUGACUGGUAUGUAACUAUUCUGUCAUCGCCAUCGUGACAAAUAUCACCGAAAUUUUGAAAGUCUUAUGCAGAAAAUUCAUCAAAUGAUAUGUUAUGUGAGAUUUUCAAACUAUCACUUUUUUUUUCUUUUUUUUUUUUUGCAAAAUUACUGCAAUUUUAACAAAAUAAAUAUUGAAAUUUUUAAAUAAA